CCCAGGCGCGCCCCUCUCUCUCCCUUUCUGCAGCCACGCUGUGAGUUCCUUCGUAUCGUAACGCCUCCCUCCCAUCACUCACUCACCAAGAAACGCUCGCAAGCCAGAGUGAGAGAGAGCAACCGCACGGAGAUGAAGGCGGAGAAGGCAGCGGCGGCGGUGGCCGUGGCCAUGGCCGCCGUAGGCGGGGACGAGUGGCGGUGCAGGAGGCACCCGGCGGCGAGAUCCGGCGGCGGGGUGUGCCCGUACUGCCUCCGCGACCGGCUGCUGCGCCUCUGCCCGACCUGUGCCCGCGUGCGGCCCUGCCCCUGCGCGUCCGCGCCCGUCUCCGCGUGCGCCGCCUCACCGUCCUCCUCCUCCUCGGCGUCCGGCGACGCCGUCGGCCGCGUGCACAGCCUCAUCGAGCGGGAGCACCGCAUCGCGCGGUCCCGGUCCGUCGCCGCCUCCUCCUCCGCCGCGAUGGGCUCCGUCGCCACCGGCGGCGUCGGUGGCGGGAGGCGGAAGGCGCGGGUUUGGGGGUGGACGCCGUUCUGGAGGGCUUCGGCGGCGAAGGAGGCGGAGCUGGACGACGAGGAGGACAGGCUGGGGCUGGCGCGGUCCAGCUCGGUCUCCGCGACGGCCGUGGAGGCGAAGGCCGUCGCGGCCAAGGCGGCGGCGGCCAAGGCGCGGUGGGGCUGGCACUUCCCGAGCCCCAUGAAGGCGUUCCGGCACCGGCGGUCGUCGGCGAGCCUGCCGGAGCGGGGCUGAGAUUCCCCACUAGUGGUGGGAUCUUGCUGCUUUUAGGAGGUGAUUAUAACUACAGUAGUUCUUUAUCGAAAAAAAAGUUAAGUAUAUGGGGGCGCAUUAGAGGAGGAGGAACCUUUUUCUUUCGCUUUUGUGGCUGGCUGGCUCGCGUGCUAAUGUUGCGAUGAUGAUUAAGGUACUAGACUAAACCCCUGCAAAGCCUGUGGUGUGUUUGUACUGCUACCCUGUACCGUCAAAUCAAAUUGGACAUUUUAAGCUCCCCGAUUUGAUCUGCACGGCACUGAUUUCUUUCAGUACUACUAUGCUUGAAUCUGCAUUUGAAGUUUCA